UUUGGUCUACAUAAACCAGUAAACAAUUUAAGACUGAAACAGUACAAAUUUCAAUGCCCCCGGACGACUGCACUUGUGACGCUAAAGGAUGCCUGUCCUUGAUGAUCUUGGUCCACAUGAUUAACACCUUGUUUGUCUCGUCAAAAUGUCGAGAAAAUGGGGGAAGUUGCUCAGGCUUUUGGAAUACUCCUGACAAGGAUAGAGGGACCAGGUUCGCAGACGUCGUAAUCUUGCCCCCACUCAUAAUUUACAUAGCUGCCGGGAUAACAGUAUUAGCGAUAUUUUUGAAUUUCGUCGGAAAGAUUUCACUACGCACGGUCCUCUGUCUCUCUUGCGCCACACUGGUUAUCUCCCUGAUAUUUUUCAACGGUCAUUUUUCAUCAAACCGACCACCAUUACACCACGUGCUGGAUUGCUCUACAUAUUUUGGGAUUUCACACUGUUCGGAUUUGCCGUCUACAAUACGUGCCUACUACAAGCCAUUACUGGACACCCCAUCGUUCCGCCGGAGCAAGAGAACCAGAUUGAUCGCAGUGUUCAAAAUGCCAACAGCUUAAGAACACCUGGUUCGUCGGGUCAGCCACAGGCUUCGCUUCGCCGGGGUGUUUACCCGACACGAUAUCCUCGCCAACCACAACGAGCAACUCGUACACCCAGGACUGAUCCAAGACCUUGUGCCCCAUCACAGAGGUUUCUUGCACCAAGGCCCGGCCCGUCGCAAAUUCUUCAGAGGUCAACCGCACCUCCGCCACCUCUAGAUAUGGAAUGUCCACCGGGCCACGUGUACCUUAGGUGUGAGGAAAUUGCAAAUAUAUCAAUUUCUGGAGUUCGCCAGACCAGUCGAACACUCACUUCGGUCGUACCAAGGGAUGAGUAUAGCCCUGGAUAGAUUAUCGUGCUGCGUGUAGUCGAGGUGAACUUAAGUAACACGGGUCCAGAACAAUCCCUCGGAAAUCCCACAAGCCGUAGUGUAAGUGAGCUGGAUGUGGAAUUGAAUACGCUUCCAACAUAUGCGGAAGCAACCUCAUCUGCCGACAGGGACUCGCAAGUCUAAAUGUUAUUUAUUUAACAAUUGCAUAAGCCCGAAUAGAUAGAUUGGUGAGGGUGUGCGGAUAAGGCAAAGGUUAUAGUCCAGUACAUGUGAUGAUUAAUAUCAUUCCUAAUGUUUAAGGGAUUAUCACAAUAAGUAUUUUUUUAUAAAAAGUGUAAUACUCAAACUGUCCAAUUUUUCCUGAAAGAGAGUAAAAGGCUUAAAUGAGAAAACUGC